UCAAAUGGAGAGUAAAAUGUUACGUAAAUUAAGUACGCCUAAAAAAAUCACAUUUGUGUAGUUAGAAGCAUGUCACGUCUGGCCGACUAUUUUGUUAUAGUUGGUUUCGAUCACGACAAAGCAAAUCAAAAGAACAUGCCCUUACAUAAUGAAGAAAGUUCCAAUUUGACGUUGGAUCAGUGUUUAAGUCUGGAUAAGGGGAUGGUACAUCAGUUAAGGAAGAAAUUGAAUAUGCAUGGAGAGGCCCCACAAAAUUUAGAAGCCUCGGACUUCCAUCAGAGAAGUGGUAUUAGUUUUGGAAAAAUUCUUCAACGGUUUCCAGAGAAAGAUUGGGAAGACACACCGUUUAUAGAUGGAAUAGAACUAUUCUGUCAGCCACAAGGAUGGAGUCUCUCAACUGCUCGCCAACAACCCACCUUUUUUGUUUCUGUUUUAACCGACAUCGAUGCCAACCGUCAUUACUGUGCAUGUCUCUCCUUCAACGAACCUGUGGCCAUAACUCCCAGCAAGCCACCAGACGAAGAAGGCGAAGAAGAAAGUUUAGAAUCUUCAAGCGUUCAACAUCAUUCCAUAAUGUAUGCUCCAAAGUGUUUGGUUCUUGUCUCCAGCUUAGAUUAUUUUAUUACCUUCAAGAAUUGCCUGGGAAUAAUCUACAGUGUGUACAUAGAAAACAUGGCAGUUCAGAUAGAGACUCUCAUAGGAAAUAUAUUAGGUUGUGUUCAAGUUCCUCCUCCAGGUGGGCCUCAAGUACGAUUUUCAAUAGGAGCAGGUGACAGACAAGCAUUACAGCCUCCACUUAGCACUACCUUGCCUGUUACACACACCACUGUUUACCAGCUCUUUGAAGAAUUAGGUAUCUACAAUGUUGUUACACUUUGUUGUGCUACAAUGACAGAGCACAAAAUCCUUUUUGAGUCUAGAAGCUAUACAAGGUUAACUGAAGCCUGCCAUGCACUAACUUCACUCAUGUAUCCAUUUAAAUACAGCCAUGUGUACAUCCCACUUCUACCAGCUGCUUUAGUUGAAGUACUUAGCACACCAACACCUUUUAUUAUGGGUGUUCAUUCAUCUGUCAAAGGAGAAAUUGUAGACUUGUUAGAUGUAUUAGUUGUGGACCUUGAUGGCGGGUCCAUAAUUGUGCCUGAAUGUAUUACAGUGCCAAUAUUACCGGAACCUCUACAUUCUCAGCUGUAUACCCAGCUCUGUAUGGUGCUGCGACCAGAGCUGCUAACAGCAGAUGAUGCUUUUCCUCCCGUACAACAGAAAACCUCUCCACAUAAUAUGUUGGAUAAAGAGAUCAGAGCGAUUUUCCUUCGGAUGUUUGCCCAGCUCUUGCAAGGCUAUCGUUCUUGUUUAACAAUAACAAGGAUCCACCCGAAACCAAUCAUUACAUUUCACAAGGCAGCUUUUCUAGGACAGAGAAAUUUUCUGGAUAAUGACUUUGUGACAAAAGUAUUGGAUUGCAUGUUUUUCAACACAUUCGUAUCUGAACGAGGCCCUCCAUAUCGUGUCUGUGAUAUUUUUGAUGAGUUAUAUGCAGGUAUGCAGGACCUGCUAAAGUCAGAAACCAAGGAUCCAGGCCUAGUGAUAAAACAUAUCCAGGAUAUUGCUCAACAACUCUUACAAAAUGUGACUGCUCUGCUACAAGCAAUUCGCCCCCAACAGCCAAGAAUAGUACCAAUGGGCAUUUCCAUCUCCUCCCUUCAAGAAGGAAAGGCUGUUAUAACAAAUAGUGCGCGACGCUUAGAAGUUUUACGAAACUGUAUAAAUUGCAUUUUUGAAAACAAGAUUUCAGAUGCUAGAAAGACAUUCCCUGCUGUAUUAAGAGCUCUUAAGAACAAAACUGCUCGUUUAGCUUUGACUCAGGAGCUAGCACAGCACGUAACUGGGAACAAGGCCAUGUUAGAACAUCAACAGUUUGAUCUAGUUGUACGUCUUAUGAACUGUGCUUUGCAGGAUGAUUCCAGUAUGGAUGAACAUGGAGUUGCAGCAUCAAUUCUUCCACUUUCCAUGGCAUUUUGUAGGAAAUUGUGCACUGGUGUGAUUCAGUUUGCAUACACAUGCAUUCAAGAACAUCCAGUCUGGGUCAACCAGCAAUUUUGGGAGGCAGCUUUUUAUCAAGAUGUUCAGCGAGAUAUUAAGGCUUUGUAUCUCCCACAGAAAAAUAAUUCUCAUUCUGAUAAAGAGCUUCCACUUUCUCCUGUUAGUCCUCAUGAAAAUAAGGAUUUAAAUUCCAUAUGGAAUCGGGAUGUAGGACGAUCUGUUUAUGACAUAACCAACAGAAAAUCAACUACAUUUAGACCUCCGGAACCUAGUGCUUUGGAAAUAGCUGCAGAACAGAUGAGACUUUGGCCAAACUUAACGAAAGAGCAACAACAAGAGAUGGUAUCGAAUGAAGAGUCAACAGUGUAUAGUCAAGCCAUUCAUUAUGCCAACCGAAUGGUGUCUCUACGUGUACCAUUAGACAUCAACAAGAACGCCAAGUCUCCAGUAGAUGUUGAGCGAGAAAGCAAUAGUAACAGUAACAUAACAAAUAGUUUAUCUGAAAGUGAUAGUAUGGAUGCAGAAAGUGGGUUUGAAGAAGAUACAUCUGAAGUAGGAGCAAAUGUUGUUAAGUUUGUUUCGAGGUUUGUGGACAAAGUUUGCACAGAGAGUGGUGUUACGGAAGAACAUAUCAAGUCACUGCACCAGAUGAUACCAGGUGUAGUAGCCAUGCAGAUAGAAACACUUGAGGCUGUCCACAGAGAAAGUAAACGACUGCCUCCUGUCUUGAAGCCUAAAAUUCUUGCACCAAGUCUUCUACAAGGAGAGGAGCUUGUUAUGGAAGGACUACGUGUUUAUCUCAUUCCUGAUGGACGAGAAGAUGGCACUGGUGGUGUUCUGGGUGGACCAUGUUUGCUUCCCACAGAAGGAGCAGUAUUUCUAACAAAUUACCGUAUAAUAUUUAAAGGAACACCGUGUGAUCCUUUUGCAUCUGAACAACUGGUAGUUCGAUGUUUUCCAGUAGCCACACUGACCAAAGAAAAGAGGGUUAACGUGCAGUGUCUUUCUCAUGUGGACCAGUUUCUCCAAGAAGGCAUACAACUUCGUUCUAAUACAUUCCAGUUAAUUAAAGUAGCAUUUGAUGAGGAAGUGACAUCAGAGAGUAUUGAAAUGUUGAGGAAGCUAAUACACCGUGUACAUGCACCACCAACGAUUUAUCAUCUUUUUGCAUUUAGUAGUAAUUUAACCAUGCCUCAGACUCCACUUCACAAACAGAAGGAAAAAAAUGCAACACUGAAAGUCUUGGCCAAAAAGACCUUGUUAAGGACAGCAAUGAAAGCUGGAUUCAAGUCAAAACAUUCAUCCAGAAAACAAAAGUAUAUAAUUCAAGGCCCACCAAGUGUCCACACACUUCCAAGCCCUGGUAGAGGAUCGAGUACCAACUUUGAUAUUGAAACUGGAGAAAGGCCGACUUCUAUGUUUGAUGAUGAGUUAUCAAUGCUUGAUGAGGUGGACUCGAUUGGUAGCAGCCCACAAGGACCUCCUUUUUCACCACAUGUGGACUCCAAAACUCUAGAAAAGAUCACUGAACGUAGCUAUUGUAAAGAUUAUCAGAGGCUUGGUUUGGGAACUGUUAGCAGUUCCACUAUUAGGAGUAAGAAUGAAAGCAAUACUGUAUUUUUUAUGUAUAGCUACCCUGCACUUGUUGUGGUUCCAGCAGCUGUAAGCGAUGACAGUGUUCGAAAGUUUUCACGAUGUUAUCGACAUUGUAGAUUUCCUGUCAUUUCCUGGUGUCAUCCAAGGACAAAGGCUCUUCUUCUACGUGGCAGCAGUUUUCAUGGAAAGGGAGUUAUUGGAAUGUUGAAAGGACCACCAUCUUCUUCAGGCACAUCAAGUGAAACGUCUACACACAUUGAACAAGAGAAAUUCAUUUCUAGCAUCGUUGAUUGUACACCUCUGGUCCGAGGAGGUAAAGCAGGAAUUAAUGAUUCAACACUUAGUAUUACAUCUCUAGUGAUGGGUUCUGCUGGCCUGGACAAUUUUCCUACUUUGACCCCUGAGCUAGCACGACGUGGUAACCCCUUACAGAAGGCAGUGAACAGUUUGCGAUCAUCUGGUGGCAAAGGUGGAAGACAAUUACGAUGGGGCAGCCUAAAGGAGAGAAGACAAGGGUCAAUCACAAGUCUAGGUUCAGAAAUGGGCUAUCGCACCUCAAGAUUAUCUGAUUUUGCUGAUGGAAUAGAAGGAAGUGCUCAUACAUUUCAACGAGUGGCACUGUAUGUGUUUGGAGAAAAAGCUCAGAUCAAGGGUUUGAAACCAGAGUCUUAUCCAAAUUGUGACUUCAUACCGGUCGAUUUCACGGAAGUACGCCAGAUCAAAGCAAGCUUCAAGAAACUUAUGCGGGCAUGCAUCCCAAGUGACCCUGUAACAGAUCCAGACCUGAAUUUUUACAGAAGCACAGAAAAUUCAGAAUGGCUGAACCAGCUCCAGAAUGUUCUACAGCUGUCUGGAGCAGUAGUUGACUUGAUGGAUGUGCAAGGCUCAUCUGUGAUGAUAUGUCUAGAAGAUGGGUGGGAUGUUACUUGUCAAGUGUCAUCCAUUGCUCAGCUUUGUCUUGAUCCCUACUACCGGACUUAUGAAGGAUUUCGAACCUUAAUUGAGAAGGAAUGGCUAGCUUUUGGUCACCGCUUCAGUCACAGAGGUAAUCAUACUGCUGCUACUGUAGCCAGUGGAUUUGCUCCUGUGUUUUUGCAAUUUCUGGACAUUGUGCAUCAGAUUCAUUUGCAAUUUCCAUUAUCAUUUGAAUUCAACCAGUACUUUUUGAAGUUUAUGGCCUACCAUUAUGUCUCGUGCCGUUUUCGCACAUUUCUUUUGGAUAGUGAAUGUGAGAGGGAAGAAGCAGGUUGGCUGACAGAUGAACGAGGAUCUAAGUAUCGUGGUCUGGACAGUGGGUCAGAUGAUGAAACAGGGUUUUCAGGAAAGACAGGUACUCUAAACAACAUCUCGAGUGUUCUUGGUCCAUCUCUGUGGGAUUACUUAGAUAAGCUGUGGACUAGGUCAACUAUGUUUUACAAUUUCCUCUAUGUUCCCAAUUUAGAAGAUGGGGUCUUAAGACCAUAUUCCAACAUUUCCAACUUGGAGAUAUGGGAUUAUUACCUGAAGGAGGAGCUUUCACAUGGCCCACCAUAUGAUUUAGAAGCAGUUGCCAUGGAGAAGCAGAGGGAGGAAGAAUCAGAAGCAGCUGAUGGAAUUCCUCGAGAAACUUCUCGUAGGAUAGUCAAUGCUUGUUAUGAUAAUAUGCAGGCUGUUCAACCGGAUGUGUUCAGUCAACUUCUAGAGGUCAUCCCCAACCUUGAGACUGAGCUUGGUCACUUACCACAGAAGUGGAUGGUUUUAUGGGAUAAGUUAGAGCUACCUGCUUCUGAUUCACACAUCAGACAAGCUUCUUUCACCACACAACUUAUUAGAUCCCAUGGAAGAUCUAUCCACAAAAGAUCAACAAUUGAGAUUUUGAUUCGAGGCAAGAUGGUUGGGGAGUCUAACCAACCUCAAGUUUAUUCUCAUCCUCAUCGAUUUGAAAAAUACAACUACACAACACCAACUUAUUGUGACUAUUGCUCUCACGUGCUUUGGGGUUUGGUAAAAACUGGUAUGAGGUGCAUGGACUGUGGAUAUAAUUGCCAUGAAAAAUGCAUGGAAUCAGUCCCCAAGAACUGCACUAAAUAUAAAUCUGUUAGUGAUUCAGGAGCUGCAUCUGUUUCUCUGUCCAAGGGUGGCAGUGCUGAGAAUUCUUCAGUGGCAUCUAGUGUAACAACAGUGCAAACCAGUAGUCAAUAUUACAAUCAGUUUUCAUCUAAUGUUGCUGAAAACAGAACCCAUGAAGGCUAUCUAUUUAAACGUGGGGCUCUUUUAAAGGGUUGGAAACAGAGAUGGUUUGUUCUUGAUUCUAUUAAACACCAAUUACGUUAUUAUGAUGUUAUGGAAGAGUCGCACUGUAAGGGAGUCAUUGACAUAGCUGAAGUUGUUUCUGUAACACCAGUUGCUCCACCGCAGGGAGUUACAAAGAAGUGUGAUGAAAAAUCAUUCUUUGAUUUAAGAACAGUACGGAGAAUAUACAAUUUUAUGGCAGCCGAUGGUCAAGCAGCCCAGGAAUGGAUAGAAAAGAUACAGGCAUGUCUGCAGUAACAAAAUGUAAAACUACUUUUAGUUCACUUUGUUUCAUUGUGGGCACAGUUUUGGGGAGCCUUUGUGUGUGUUUUACACUUACAUUAAUAAAUGGAGCUACAGACACAAGACCUGACCUUAGCAGGCCUUAGUUCAUAACAUAAUUUUUAUUUUACUAAACAGCCAGCUGGUUAGCCAGCAUUUAAGACCAGUGAUAGUCAAAAUAAGAUUUAAUGGCUAUAAUAUGCAUUAAGGCUUUUUAUUUCCUUCCUCUUUGGUUUGUUAGAAGGAAAACAUGGCUCCAAAAAACAUCUUUAGAAAAAUAUAAAUGAAUAUAGCAUAUUUCCCAACAAAGAUAAAAUAUGUAGCAGUAGUGUGUUCAGAUAAUUUGUUUCUGGUUUUAGUUUUAUCAGUGUCCUUUGCAUCACCAAUGUAUCUAAAGUAUUUUUAAUAACACACGAAGUACUAAAGUAGCUUCAUAUAUGCUUGAAUUAUUACAAAUCGAGUGGUUAAUAGUGGUGAUGAAAAAUGUUCCUGAAUGAUAUAUUUGUGUGUUUAUUUACUUAGAUAAAUUUUUUUUUUAUCUCGCUGGUUGUUUAUCACAUGUAAAAGGAGAUAUUGUUUUUGCCACAUUGUUUGCAAGUAGGAGUGAAUAUGUUAUGUACCAUUACAUGUGAUUAAUAUAAUCAAGUAAUAAUGACGGUAAUGUGUGGAAUUAAAGCUUCGGCACCUACAAUCCUGAUAAAUAAAUGGUUAUUAAAGGUGACAUCAUACUGAAAAUUUAAUUUUGUUAUCAUUCUUAGCAAUGACUAUCCUACAUUGUUUUAGCACAAACUAGAUGAAAGCACCUCUUUCUUCUUUUUACCUGUAAGUAUUCAUUGUAUUAUUACAUUUUGUGAUGGGUCCAUAUCAUUUUAUUAUGUAUUGUAUUAUUACAUUUGUGAUGGGUCCAUGUCAUUUUAUUACGGACUGUUGUACUUUAAUGCUUCUGUGGCAUGUUUAAUUGAAAAUACUCUUAAUUUGAAGUCAGUCACGGCGGCUAUUGGAAGACAGCUCAGACAAACUUGAAUUUGUACGUUUAAAGACAUCAAGUUAAGGUCUUCCUCCCCUGUAAUCAAGAAUGAUGGCAGGGUAAGCAAAGUGGUAUCUUUCCAGGAAUUUACUGAAUGUUUAAAUGAUACGUUUGUGAUAGUGGUUUUAAUGGUAGUGCCUUUUAUUUCUCCAACUAAUGCUAUUCUCAGGCUAUUUAUUUUGUUAUUAAUAGACAAACUUUCAGCAGGGAUGUUUUAAUAGAUAUGUUCAUCUACAGCAGUGUGGUUUAAACUACGUGCAAUUACUUAUAGUAUGUACAAUUAAAAAAUAAAUAAAUAGGAAACAUCUCUUUAGAGAGAAUACCAUUUUUAAAUGUAGUACAAAAUAUAUGACACCAUAACUUAAAAAAUGUUAUCCUAUCAGCAUUAAAUUGAUGUAUUAAAAGAAUGAUUGCAGAUAUUUUGCAUCUGAAAUUUCACUUUUGUAUCAAAAUUGUUUUGUAACAUUUUAGCAAUACUUCUGAAGCUUCAGGAUAAUAAAUAAUAUAUAAGCAAUUUAUUUUCAGACAUUAAUUUUGCUUUAUAUAUUCUUGAUUGUAUGAGAAUAGAAAAGAGAGAACUACUCAUUCUGACAUAUUUUUUUAAGCUACUAGUUUUUGAAAUUAAUAACCCUGUAAUAUGUUUUACUUUAACAAUCUACUAAAAUUGCCUAAUAUAAUUUUGGACAUUUAAGAUACCUUAGCUAAUAGACAUAAACCGCAUAAUAGGUUUUGAAUUUUUUAUAUUCAGUGGUUUCCAUUUGAACAUAAUAAAAAAAAAAUUAACAUUAUUAUUGGAAUUUCCUUUUUGUUCAGUUUCUUCAUGGAAUAAUUUUUAAUUUAUCAUUAAAAUUUUAAUUGUAAAUGCUUUGAUAUAAAUCAUUACUUGCCUAUUUUGACAGUUACUAAAUAUACUUUAAAAUUUUAAAGUAUGUCAAUCAUGAACAAAUCUUAUGUCAUUAUAGAUUUAAUUAUUUUGAAUGCAACUACAAAAAAAAUGGAAGUUUGAAAUAAAUUAUAAGAUCAUGAAGAGAUGUCAUACAAAGAAAAUGUGUGUGUUUAUUUUUAUUAUAACUUUAUACCAAGCUCUGAAAAGCAUUUUGAAUUAGUUACUACUUUAAGAAAUGUGGGUGUACAAUCUCCUUAAGAUUGUGCAGAGGAAGUAAAAAGGAGUCAUUUGAUUUUGUUUACUUUAAUUGAUAUAGACUUUCAGAAAAUACAUGUAGAUUUAGCUUUAGGCUUAUGCAAGCAGAUGGUGCUCCUUCACUUCUUGUCCAGAGGUGUUGAUAUCCCUAAUUUUUGAUUAUUUCUUCAAAACGUUUCACAUAUGCUCUAGGACUGCCUAUAUGAAGUUUUGCUCUUGGUUACUUCUCUUUUUUGUGUAAGAUGCAUUAAAAUCCUUUGUAAAUAUGAUACUGUGUGCUUCUAAUCUUUGUGAAUUGUGUGAAUGUCCAGCACUUUUUUUUUUUCUAAAUAUUUCCAUUGUGUUCCUAGCUUUUUAACUUCCAUGAUUGUCAUUGCUGUAAAUACAUAUGUUGAUCAAGAGAUUUUAUGGUAAGUACAAUUGAAGGAAUAUUGUUUGAAAGUGCGUUGCAACAGCAUUUUCUUAAGAAUCUCCAUAGCUAAAUCUGGUUCUCUCAUCUGCAUCUCUUAUUAGUGUAUUGUGCCCAUAAUAUAUAUUAAUACUUGGAGAACACAAGUGUUUUAACUUUUUAAGUGUUUUUUAGAUAGCUCUGUGAUGAUCUUGUUAUAAAUGUAUAUUUUUCAGUGUUCUACCAUCCAGUGAUAGAUAUAUUUUAUUCUUGACAUUGAUGAAGAAAUAGAAACAUAAUUCCCACCCAUAAUGGAUAAUGUUUUGAACUGGUCUUGUAGGUAUUUGUAUAUUAACAUUAGGAUGUUUCUACACAAACGAUUAAAAUUUAUAGAUGUAAUUACUUUUUAUUUAAAUAAAAAUUCCAACUAUCAAAAUUUUUAAACUUUUUUAAAGCAUUUUUAUUUUUCAAAAUGUCAAGAGAGGAAGUUUUGGAAAAAAAGUAAUAGAAAUAAUCUUUUUAUUUCUCAUUGCAGUUGAAAAUGAGAAAUAUUUCAUGUGGUCAGGAACAAUUUGUCUGUUCAUGUAAUUUAAUGAUACAGUGUAAUAUAGUGGAUAUGCUUUAUCUUUUAAUAUUUGAUAACCAUCUGAAAAAACAAACAAACAACAACCUUAUUUUUCAGUGAUAUGUGUCAUGAUUUAUUUAAGUAACUGUUCAGUUUUUUUAUUUUUGAUAAUUUGUCUGCUGCCCCCUGGUGGUUCAGCAGUAAACUUAAGGGUUUAUAUCACAAAAAGUUGGUGUUUAAUCCCUGUGGUGGGGACAUUAUAGGUAGACCACUGCAGCUUUGUGCUUAAAAACAAAAAUUUAUGUGCUGUGAUUAUCUGUCUAUACAGUAUUUUAUUAAUCAAUAUCACCUAGAUAUAUUGCUCAUAAAAUUUUUUUUUACAAAGUAAAAUUCCAUUUGGCAGAACUGGUAAGUACUUUUGUGUCGGUAAUGCAAACAGUCUUCAUACAUACUUUUAUUAGAUAUUUCUUACUAUUUCAUUGUUGAUUAUAUUCCUUUUUGUGUAAUUUGGGUAUACUUACAUUUAACAUAGUUGCCAGAUUUUGACAAAGUAGUUUUGUGCCUGUUAAACUGUACCAUCUGAACUUUACUAGACAAAACAGACAGCUGAACAAUCAGAUGAUGAAAUAUUCUUUGAAGGAGAGAAUAGGAGUUGUGUUACUAGUAUAUGUUCUCAAAUUUUAUUGUAAAACACUUGGAUGUCUACCUUGGUUUAUGACACAUUCUGAAAAAGUAUGCUGUAAACUGUAUAAUUUUCACAGUUUAUUCUUGAUUUGGCUACUAACAGUUACAGAUGUAGUUACUUUUGGGUUUAAAGUAACACCAUGUAAUUCCUGAAAUAUGGUAAGUUUUAAUGACCAUAAUAUUAUCACAUUAAUUAAACAAUUUAAGCAUGAUAGAGUUCAUCUUAUGUAUUAUCCUGUAUGACACAGAGGUCCAUAAACAUAAAAUAGUCAAUAUCGGAACACACAAUAUUUUUGUUGAAGUUUUUUCCUUGAAAGACACUCGGUAUGAUGAGUCGUGAUAUAGCUUUCUGGAACAACAAUGAUAAGUACUUGAGCAGCUUUUGGAGCAUUUAUAGGAACACUGAUGAAUUUCUGUGCACAUGGCUAACAGUUAUUGUAGAAGAAAAAAGUUUGUCAGUAUGAAGUUUGAAGAUUUAUAUGAUAAAAAUCUGUUAUUCUACCAGAUUCCUAAUUAAUUUAGCAUCUGCAGUAUUAUUCUGUACUGUAUAAUUUGUAGUAUAUAUACAUAUGUGACAGUUUGAUUAACUUGCUAAUGAUGAAGCUUGGAUUAACUGCUUUGGAUAAUAUCUCGUAGUAAAUUAUGUUUUUAAUAUCCUUAAGUUUUAUUCUUGGCUUUCAAUAAGGCUUGAUAUUCAUCUUGUGCUUACAUUGUAGUCUAGAGGGUUACCCACAGAGAGUGCUUUAAAACUGAACCAACCCAGAAUUAUAAAUUGGUGAAGAGAACACCAGUAACUAUUAGAUAGUUUCUUGUCCAACACUGUUACCUAUCUAUAGCAAAACUAAAGUCUGGAUACUAAAUGUUUUUUUUUGCCACAUAGUAGUAAACUUGUUUUGUUUAUAUUUGAUUCUGCUGAAAUGGUAACCUUGCAGGUUACAUAAUACUAAGUAUAACUUUACACUUGGUACUCUAGCUUUGCAUAUUAUUAAAAACGAAUUUCACUUGAUGCAGGUCAUGUAAUAAAGUUAGGUUGUUCUCAGUUUAUGUAUAAUUCACUUUACAUUUCAAUAAGUAUGCUACAUGCAACAGAGAAGUGUUGUUUGGCACGAGUUUAGUGUUACUUUGCAUAUAAAAAAAAUUGUGUGAAAUAACCAUUUAAAUCACACAUUUAGGUUAAACUGACAUUUUCUUAAUUAGUUCCCAUAACUCGAAACUUUCAAAGAAAAUAAAAAUAUAAUCAUUUGAGAAAUAACUGGAGCACCCAAACAAACACUGAAGACUUUCUGUGUACGUGACCAAAAGUUCUUGUACAAGAAAAGAGCUAAACUCUAACUUAGUCUUUACUAAUAUAUAGUAAAAGUAAAACACUUCCAUAAGAUCAAUUGACAGAAAAUAAGAUUUCCUUUCUACAUGUCCCCCAGUGGGUCAGCAGUAAGUCUUUGGAUUUAUAACACUAAAAUCAGGUGUUUGAUUCUCCUCAGUGGGCACAGCAGAUAGCCCAAUGUGGCUUUGCUACAACCAAACACACACCAUUCUACAUGUGCAUAUAUUAUGGGGGACUGACUAUUCAGGUAAUACAGAAUGUAAGUUACACACUAGUGACUUUGUUUCGGUAGUUCUAAUUUGUCUUGUCUUAUUUGAGAACAAGUAGAUGCUAAGAAACAGGUAAGUACCCUAGAUUCUUUUCUUUUUUUUUUUUUCAAGCUCAUGUAUGUU